AUGAAUAAUAUGUACACGAACGAUUCAUCUUUCUCAGCCAUAUCACUGCGAAGUUUGGAUGACGACGAUUUCCGAAAUCUUUUGAAUACUGCGGCGAAACCGCAAUAUGGCAGUCUUCAAAGAAAAAAAAAGGUUGUAAAGUCACAGGGAAAGUAUCGCUGGUGUCAUUUGAUGUGUAAUCGUUUGUUGCUUGUUCGCAGAAUUAAUUCUACAGCUUUGACCAAGAAAAAGAAUCAAAUUCAUUACAUCUAUUUAUCAAAUACCGUUAUUUUCAAAAAGUAUUUGUUAGCAAAUAUGUGGGUGAAUACAAAUGCAGAGAAAUCGCAAAAAAUAGCGGAAUAUCGUGGUCGUCGUCUGAGUGAUGCAGGAGAAAAUACUGGACUAUCAGUAGAAGCAGAUAAUUUACUGGCACAAUUUCGACGUGAAGCAGAGCUGAAUCAACGGGAGGCGGAUAUUGAUCGUAAAGGUCCGGUAGUAGAAAUGGUUAUCCUAGAAGCUUAUGGAACAAACCUGCAUUAG